AUGAAGAAAUACUCCAUUACCCAUAAGGUUUCUACACCUUACCACCCACAAACUUGUGGCCGAGUUGAAGUGUCUAAUAGGCAGAUUAAACAGAUAUUAGAAAAGACCGUAAACCCUACCCGAAAGGAUUGGUCUUUGCGCUUAGUAGAAGCAUUGUGGGAUUACCGAACCGCUUUUAAGACUCCACUUGGGAUGUCUCCGUAUAGACUUGUCUUCGGUAAAGCCUUCCACUUGCCUGUAAAAUUAGAACACCGAGCUUAUUGGGCCAUUAAACGGCUAAACUUUGACCUAUCUACUGCUGGUGAUCACCGUAGACUGCAACUCAAUGAUUUAGAAGAAAACUGUAAUGAUUCUUACCAGAGUGCGAAAAUUUACAAGGAGAAAACAAAAAUAUUUCAUGAUAAAUCCAUUAUUCGAAAGACAUUUGAACCAGUUGAAUAUGAAAAUCCUAAGAACGAAGAAACUUUCAAGGUUAACGGUCAACGGUUGAAAUCAUUCUUGGAGUUAUCCAGUCAUGCAAUCGAAGAAUCAGAGCUGAGAGAUCCUGUCUACCAGGAUUAA